CGUCCUGGAUCCUCGGUUCCUUCAAGUCACGGCGUGCGGCGGCCCGGGGCGACUAGCUCCACGCCUCCACGUGCGCGCCGCCCAUGUCCACGGGCGCUAGCGCCGGCGUGCGCCGGCGCCGGCGGACAUGGCGCCUGUACUGGUGCUACGUGUGCGGCCGCGCGGUGCGCGCCGUGUCGUACCCGACCUCGGACGUCUUCUGCCCGCGUUGCUUCGGCCGCUUCCUCCACGAGAUCGACCUGCCGGCGCCGCGGCCCGUGCUCCCGUCGCCCGACCAGUUCUUCCAGCCGCCGUUCCUCCCGCACGACGGGCCCCGCCGGUGGGUCAUCUACACCGGGGACCCCACGGCCGACGCUGACGCGCCGCUCCCCCGCCGCCGCCGGCGGCGCGUCCCGUCCCCGCCGCCGGCCCCGGCGACGCGGCGCCCGGACGACGACGCGCCACCGCCACCCAUGGUCGACUGGGACGAGCUCAUCGGGCCGAACCUGGACGCCCUCAUCGAGCGCCUCACCCAGGACGACCGCCCCGGGCCGGCGCCCGCGCCGGAGUCGGCCAUCGAGUCGCUCCCCACGGUGCGGGUCUCCCCGGCGCACCUGUCCGACGGCUCGCAGUGCCCCGUGUGCAAGGAGGAGUUCGAGCUCGGGGAGGCCGCGCGGGAGCUGCCGUGCAAGCACGCGUACCACACCGACUGCAUCGUGCCGUGGCUCCGGCUCCACAACUCGUGCCCGGUCUGCCGGCAGGAGCUGCCGGCUGAGCAGGCGGAUGGAUCACGGGAGGGCGGCGGGGAGGAAGGCAGUGGCGAGACGACCGGGGCGGCGCCGCCGGGGCCGGUGGUGAUGGCCGGAUGGGGGCCGCUGGCUUGGCUGGCAUCGGCACGCGGGCCGGACGGGGACGCUUGGGAGAGGAGUGAAGCGGAUGACGGUGACGCCGCCGGAGGUGGUACUUGUGCGGCGGCUGUCAUGCAGUCUUUUGUCGUCGUCGCUGCUUGCUUUUUCGCGCUCUCGUUCUUUGUUUGAGAUGUGUCAGCUCAUGUAUGGAGCAGGAACAGAGCAAACGCGACAACACGACCACAGUCACCAACUGUACAUGAUGAAAGAUUAGCCCAACAUCUCGAUUAUGGAACCUUCGUGCCUACUAGUACCGGGUCUGCAAGAACGUGAAGAACGCUAGGUGCUAUUUGCUUGUACAAAUGCAAACGCAAACGAAACUCUACAAGAGCAUGUAAAGGCAAGUAACUUCAUUUUU